AUGGGGAACACCCAAGGGACACCAAGUGAUUUGGACUCAUUUAGGAAAUAUGCUGGACUAACGAUCAAGCAUGUUAUGAUGCUGAGGUACGAGUUUUAUAAUAGGGAUAGGGAACGGUUGGAGAUGUUAUCGGAGGCGGAUUUAAGUAUUACAAAGGAUGCAUUUUCGUUGGCGAUGAAGACAAAGGAGGAGGAGACUGAAAGGGUAUAAGUAAUAUAUAUAAUAAAGAUAUUUCGUAUAUUUGAUUUGAGCAGUUCAGGUAAAAUAGAAACAUUAGAGUUUGUGUGUGCGUUGUCAUUGAUGGCCUAUGCAAAUCUAAGGGUAUGUAAUAAUGAUGAGAUAGGAAAAAUGUGAUUUAAUGUUUGGGUUAUAUGACUUUGAUCGAAAUAGAACGAUGAAUAAAUAGGAGUUGAUCAUAUUGAUAAAAACAGUUCUAACAACAGUGAAUGCGAUAUCGUCGAAAGGAGAGUGUUCAAUAUAAGAGGCAGUUGGGAUAGCGUAGGUGAUUUUGGAUCGAUAUGACACGAAUGGAGAUGCCUCAAUAUCAGCAAAAGAGUUCUACAGUUUCGUUUCCAAAGAUCCUGAUAUAGUGAAAAUGUUAUUAAGCUACGGGUUAAUAUCAAUACAGGAUUUGAGAUUCAAUUUUGGUGAGCCAUAGAAUAAUGAGUUACCAGUGCCUGAGGCAGACAGCGAUUUAGAGAAUGAAAUAUAUAAGAGCAGGAUAAUCAAGACAGCAGAGGAUGAAGGAGUGGCUUUGGGGAUAGAGACUUAGAUGAAAGGUAAUGGAAUAGAAUAACUGGCUUGGUAUUAAUAAUUAGCAAAGGAUAAUAUGAUUAUGGAUCCAGACGAUCCUGAAGAUGUAAAUGGGAAUCCACCAAAUGCAACUUUGGAGAUAGAUCAUGUCUAUGGAUUUAGAUGUUUUGAUACUAGAAACAAUAUCAAAUAUUCAACCGAGAAUGAAUUGCUGUAUCACACAGGUAGUUUAGUGAUCAAAGACGGAGAGAAGUAGGACUUCUUUAUGGAACACACUGACGAUGUAACAUGCUUAGAUGUAUGGGAACAUUUGGUGGCAACUGGAUAGAUGGGGUCAAAGCCAUCCAUAUUUGUAUGGGAUUCAAGGUCUAUGGAAUUGAGAGCAGUAUUUAGAGGAGUGUUAACAGUUGGAGUAAGUAAUCUCUGUAUAUCGAAUGAUGGAAGGAAGUUGGCAGCAGUUGGAAUGGAUGAAGACCAAUGUGUUGUUGUCUAUGAUAUAGAAAAAGGGUCUUAAACCAGGAUGAAUGGGAGAAAGGAUGAGUCUUUGUUGGCUAAUGGAAAAGGUCCUAUUGUUGAGAUAUUUGAUAUCAAAUUUGAGAAAUCUGAUAAAUAGAUCGUGAUUGCAUGUAUGGGAGAGGUGAAUUUUGUUACUUAUGAUAACAAUGUGUUAAGAGUAGUUAAGGGGAUGUGGGAUUCUAAAUAUUGUUCCUAUUAAGCCAUUUUAUCGAUUGGAUUGUUGGAGAAUGCAGUGGUGGUAGGAUCAUUUAAAGGUUAUUUGCUCUUAUGGAGAGUGGGUAGAACUACCAUGGCUAUUCCUGAUGCUCAUAAGGGACCCAUUACUACCAUUCAUACUUGCAGUAAGAAGAUUAUGAUCCUGACUGGAGGAAAAGAUGGUUAAAUCGGAUGGUGGGACCACAAUCUGAAGAAGAUUAGAGCUUUCAAUCUGGCCAAUUAGAAAGAUCUUUUAUUAAACAAUAUCAAAAUUACUGCUUUGUAUGAGAAUGUGGAUUAAACUGCUAUUUUGAUAGGAACUAGAGGAGGGUAGAUUUUGGAACUUAAAAAUAGUGAAUUGAAAGUAAGAGUAAAUUCACAUUUUGAUGGCAAAUUGGAAGCAUUAGUGUGUCAUCCUACAAAAGAGUUAUUUUACACUUCUGGCGAGGAUCAGAUGUUGAUGUUAUGGGAUCUGAGUACUAAAGAAUUGAAGGAAAAAAAGAAAUUUGAUUAUUGUAUUAAGACUCUAGAUGUCAAUGAUAGGUAUUUGGUUGGUGGAUGUGGUAAUGGUAAUGUUUUAUUGUUGGAGCCUUACAAAUUAACGCUAUUGUAAGAUUUCAAAGAUAGAGAUAGUGAAAUUACAUGUAUCAGAAUAGUGGAUGAAUAUUUAAUUGCAUUCUACUCAUCACCAUAUUAUGAAUUCUUUGUUUAUAGUAUCAGGUAGAAGUUUAAGAAACUGUUAUCCAUUCCAGGCAGACCUGGUAAUUGCACAUCUAUUGAUUAUUCAAUCACCAAAAGGAUUUUAGUCACUUUUGACAAUCAACAAUUAUGGUGUAUUGAUUUGGAUCAAAGAUAAUUGAUCAAAUACAAAGAGGAUGAUUGGAAAUCCUUUACUUCUAUUUAUGGAUGGUAGAUAAAAGGAGCUUGGCCACAGAAGACUGAUGGAACAGAAAUAAUUACUGCUGAUAGAGAUAGCACAAAAUCAGUCCUAGCUAUUGGAGACAAAUAUGGAUAGAUAAAACUAUACAAGUAUCCUGCUUACAAAUUGAACUGCAGUUUCUAUCGCUAUUUGGGACAUAGUGGUAGAAUCAGUAAACUAAGAUUCUCAUUUAAUGAUAAAUGUCUCAUCAGUCUUGGAGAGAACGAGAAAAGCAUAAUUCAAUGGAAUUUUCAGGUCGAACAGAAUGUCGUGGAGAGAAGUAGUACAGCUCAUUCAAGGAAUCGAAGUGCCUUCAAAUCAGAAUUAGAUUAGUUUGAUGAUCAGAUGGAUGGAAAUGAUAACUAAAAGACUAACAAGCCAUUUCUAGAUUAAAUCAAGAUGGAUGAGGCUGAAGAGGAAUCAAUGAAGUUGCCUGUUAAUUAUCUAAAUUUGCGAUACAUCUUUGGAGUAUCCACCAGUUAUAAAGGGAACACUCUAUAUCAAUAAUUGAAAUAUGCUGGCCAACAAAAAAUAGUUUAUCCGAUUGGUUGCAUAUGUGUGAUAUUGGACACCAAAAUUGAUUAGACUGCACCAUAUCGUAAACAGAAUUUCUAUUAUGGACAUAAACAACUGAUCUUAUGUUUGAGUGUACAUCCAAAAAGUCAGAUAAUAGCAACUGGGUCAGUAGGGGAUGAAAUCAAUUUAUGGGAUGUGGACACACGUUAGACACUAGUUUAAAUUAGAGGAUAUCAUAAAAAUGGGAUUAAGAAUUUGAAGUUUAGUGUUGAUGGCACAUUGCUAUUGACUUGUGGUUCUGAUCAAUUUAACUCUAUUUGUGUAUAUGAUUGGUAAGCAAACAGAAUCAUUUGUAAUUCAAAAGUAGAUAAGUCACCCUUAACUGAUUGUUGUUUUUUGGGUAAUCCAAAAGUCAUUUAAUUUGUAACUGUGGGUAAGUACAUGAGAGUCUGGGAAAUUAAGGGGAGAAACCUGUCUUUUGAUCAAUUUCCAGGGUAAUUAAGUGCAGUUACUUUUGCUUUCAACAGUGAAUUGGUAUGUGCUAAUGACUAAGGAGAGUUAAUGGUAAUUAAGAAUAAGCAGACCAACAGAAUUCUGGGUCACUCAGGUAGAGUGAAUGUACUAAUAGCAGUAAAGUAGAAUUUGUAUUCUGGUGGAGAUGAUGGUAAGAUUAUUUUGUGGCAUUCCAUCUAGAAUUAAUUAUAGUAGAUCUAGUAAUUCAUGGAAACCCAAACUCCUCCCUUAUUAUCGAUGGAUAUAAGGAAUGAUAACAUAGUGUUUUUAACAAGCACUUGUGAUAUAAAGGAAUUGGUGAUCACUGCCCAGAUACAUUCUAUUGACAUCAUUAAAGGGCAUGGUGAUGAAGUCAAGGGAUUAGCAGUUUCUAAAUACAAGGUCUAUACUUGCAGUAGCGAUAGAACAAUUAAGGUGUGGGAUAUCCGUAACAGAGUUUGCUCUUUGAAUAGUGAGCCAUAUCAAUUUCAGUUGAGAUCCAUUGAUGUUUAUAACAAUUUAAUAGUGUGUGGAGAUUCAAAAGGAUUUUUAUACUUGUUAGAUGAGAAGCUCUCACCUUUGUGUAGUGCGUCAACCAAUUUCAAUUUGAAAUAAAAGACUAUAGCUUAUGAGAUAUCUCGAGUUAAGUUUGAUCCAAAAGGAAGGAGAGUAUGUGUUGGAGCUUAAGGUGGUCCAUCCCAUGUUGAAAUUUGGACAAUAAGUUAAGCUGAUAACAAUUACAAAUUCGAUAAAGAGAAGUAGAUUAUUAAUUGUGGUUUUACAGGAGGCAUUCUGUAAAUGGAUUGGUCUGAAGAUGGCACUCAUAUUUUGGCAUCUUCUACAAAUUAUGAAUUGAAAUGCAUAUCACUUCCUAAAUAACGUGAUGUUUAGUAUAAUUACGACAUAAAAUGGCAGACUUGGUCUUGUAUUUAUGGUCCUGGAUUACAGUAUAUUUAUCCAAAUAAUCCUGGAGAGGAUAUAACAUCAGUUUGGUUGCAUAAAACCAAGGAGGUGAAAAGUGAGGCUGGUAAUGUUAAGGAAUUCAUUUUUGUGACUGGCGAUCAAUUUGGCAAUAUCUCUUUGUUUCAACAUCCAAUCACAGGCAGAUGUUGCAGAACGUACAAAGGACAUAGUGGACCUAUAAAUUGGAUUUAGUUUUGCAUGGAGACUGAAGCCAAAUAAUAUGCCAUUUCAAUAGGUCAGAAGGCAAUCAUGGUUUGGUAAUUGGAAAUAGACGAACCAACAUUUUUGGAUCCAGAAACAGAGAAAUUAUUGGGAAUCAAUGUUUAAGUAUAGAAGAAGACUGGAUUGGAGAAGUAUGGAAUUCCUCAAUAAUAAUAAGUCAAAGACGAAGAUUUUGUGGAUAAGAUUUCUCUUAAACCUUGGGCUUCCAACAUUAAGGAGCCUUCUUCUUACUACAAGGAUCCAAUAAAUUAGAAUACGCCACCCUUAAUAGAUCUGGAAUUGGAACAUGCAUUUGGUUAUAGAGGAAACGAUUGCAAAAACAAUAUUAGGUUCUUGAAGUCUGGUAAUGUUGUCUAUCAUUCUGCUUCAUUGGGCAUAGUUUUGGAUAUGAGUGUAAAUUAGCAGAAGAUAUUCAAUAUGCAUGAGGAUGAUAUUAUAUCCAUGGACUUACACCAGGAUGGCAUAAGAGUGGCAACUGGAGAAAUAAAUUCAGGAGUCAUCUAUGUAUGGGAUAGCAAUACUCUGUAACCAUUAUGCAAAUUUACUUAAUUAAGUAAGGGUAUAAAAUCACUUAAUUUCUCACCAUUUAAUCAACUGGUUGCAGUGGCCAUGGAUGAAUUCACGACUAUUGCUAUUUUCGAAAUUAAUACGAAGAGUGAGACUGGCGGUUCUUUGUCAUUCAAAUAUUAAUCAGGAAGAUAAGUCAUUAAUGAAAUUAAAUGGAUGAAUGAAACUACUUUCUACACCAUUGGUCCCUACCAUUUUAAGGAAUGGGUCUUCUCCUCUUAAAUGGUAAUAUCCAAAAUCCCCUUGCAAGACAAACUGAUCUUGAAUACAUUCUUAAUCGAUGAUGAGGAUAUUUAUCUUGCAGAUAAUAGAGGAAAGGUUUUGAUCUAUUAGAAAAAGGUGUUGCAACACACACUUGAACAUCACACUUAACAAGUGGACGCCCUCUUUAAAACUAAGGAGUAUCUGAUCACAGGAGGGAAGGAUUAACUUAUAACGAUCUAUGAUGCCAAAUAAGUAAAGGAAGAAUUCUUAAUCUAAUUCAAAUUGCUAGACUUAAUUAAGUUAGCAUUCUAACCAAAUAUUAAAAGUGUUUGUUUUUUUGAGGAUAAGUUAGUUGUGGGAACUGUGGGAUGUGAGAUUUGGGAGUUAAGUAUGAAAGAUGCCAAGAUCACUAGUCAAACUAAAUUCACACCCAAGAUUAUGAUGAAAGGACAUUAUGCACCCUAAAUCUAGAGUGAAUUAUGGGGAUUGGCUAUUGAAGGAGACUUUGUCUAUUCUUGCGGAGAUGAUGCAACUCUCAGACAAUGGAGUGUAUCUCAAAGGAAAUAGACUCUAUUCAUUAGGACUGUCUAAGACUCCAAUUUUGUGGAUAUUAAACCAGAUGAAAAUGGAGUUUAUCCUGAUAGUGUUAGAGGACGUUCUAUUGCUGUUAAUUAGGAUUUCAUUGUUGUAGGGUUCAAAGAUGGAGGAGUCAGAGUUUACGAUAGGGAAUUGAAAUAAAAGAGCUAUUUCAAAGUAGCCAAGGAUUGGAUCUCAGAUAUUAAAUUUUCACCCAAUAAUGAAUACAUUGCAUUUGGAUCACAUGACAAUUGCAUCUACAUUUAUAGGUUACCAGAAUUUGUAGUUCAUUUGAAACCACUCAGAAAACACAGUUCAUUCAUCAAGAACAUUGAUUUCAGUGUGGACAGCACCAAAUUGAUAUCCACAUGUGGUAAUUAUGAUCUGAUCUUUUGGGAUAUCAUCACUGGUAAGUAGAUGCCUCAAGGUCGUAAUAUCUUGAGAGAUGAAAAAUGGGCCACUUGGACCAAUACUCUUGGAUGGCCAGUCUAAGGCAUCUGGAAGGAUGAUUAUAAUGGUUAAGAGAUCAAUUGUGUUUGUAGAUCCACUUCCACUUUUGCUCCCAAAUAGCCCGACAAUUAUUAUUUAUUGGCUGUAGGCAAUGACUUUAACGAAGUGCUCUUAUAUAGGUAUUGAGUUCAUUGAUAUGUAGAUAUCCAUGUAUAAAUAAGAAAUCUGAACCAGUUUAAAGAAGAGGUCAUUCCUCCCCGAUCUCACAGGUGAAGUUCACUUAGGAUGAUCAAUAUUUGGUGACUAUGGGAGGGGAAGACAUGACCAUACUUUUGUGGAGAGUCAUAAAAAAGUUAUGA